UUCAGGUUUUGUCAAAUCAUGUCGUUAACACCAUCUUCUAGUAUCCCGGGACAUCGCCGAACUUGGGACAAAACUGAAUUCGAGAUAAGGGCUCAAGAGCGUUUGGCAGCUGAAAAAGAAGCUUUUGAUAUUAAAAGAGGAGUAAUUAAACCGCCUAAAGGUCCUAAAGUGCAACGAGAAUUGUUAAAACCUCGGGAAUUUAAGGUUUUGAUUAAAUUAUUAAAAUAUUUUCAAGUUCAGUUGGAUCUUGAAUCAAAAGUUGGGAAACAAGUUGUUAUAAAUAAAACGACUCCUUCGGCUGAAAGUGGUGGAUAUUAUUGCAAUAUCUGUGAUUGUGUGGUUAAAGAUUCUCUUAACUUUUUGGAUCAUAUUAAUGGGAAAAAUCAUCAAAGAAAUUUGGUUGAUGAAGUUCGUGAACGAUUGGCAUUAAAGAAGAUUGAAAAAGAAUCUAAAGGUCGUGAUAAUGAAGAAGAAAGGCAGAAUGAUUUAAAAGAGGAAGAAGCUAAACUUGCUGAUUUUAAACGUCAACAACGAGAACGGCAAAAGGAACAGAUUCGAAAAAGACCAGCUAAAAAUAAUUUGGAAGAAGUUUCUGCCGAUCCUGAACUUUUGAGUAUUAUGGGAAUUGGUAAUUUUAGCAGUAAACAACAACAAAAGAAGAAAAAAUAA